CCAGUAUUGUGCCAAGAGCCGUGCGGGGUUGACGUUAGGCACCAUAUUUAUCAUCACCACUUUCCCGCGUUUUCCCCAUACUCCGCUGCAGUGGGGUCCGUUCAGAAACCAGUGUCCUUAUGAAGAGAGGAUUCUAUGACCGAUACUCAACCUUCUCGAAGCUCACGUGUCAUCAAGACAAUAAUUUCUACAGAAUAUUAGUUUGGUUAACCCGAGAAUGAAACGUGGUGAUGAGGCGGGAAGGAGUACCGGAAGUCUACGACAGUUUCCUCGCCGACUGAGUGAUCAGCCUACAAUCACAAUCCCCACUAGCUGGCGACAGAAUUCGCUUACUAUCACACAACUUGCACAGCAAUCAGCUUACUUAACUGAUAAGACUCUUAGCGCUGAGGCUGACGAAAACACCGGCGAACGACACUCUCCUGUCAAAUGGCACAAAUUAUACAGGUUCGCGGAACGAUGGGAAUUAGGCAUGUUAUUCCUGGGGUUGAUACUAGCAACCGUCAAUGGACUUUUUGUGCCUCUUGGAGUCAUCAUUUACGGCGAGUUUACGUCUCUACUCAUAGACCGAACGGUCCAGAAAGGGACCUCUACUUCCACAAUCACUCUUGCUUUAUUUGGCGGCGGAAGAAUUCUAACAAACGCAUCCAAGGAAGCGAACAGAUUGGCGUUAAUUGAAGACUCGCAAGCGUUCGCCAUCGGAACCGUAAUCUUCUCAGUGGCGCAAUUCAUCGCGGCAGCUAUCAGUGUUGACAUAUUCAACUACAUCGCACUCAAGCAGAUCGAAAGGUUAAAAGAAAAAUUUUUACGGGCCGUUUUACGUCAAGAUAUUUCCUGGUAUGACCUGAAUACAUCAAUGAAUUUCGCUACCAAAGUUUCAGACGAUGUAGAAAAGAUCAGAGAGGGGAUCGCAGAGAAAGUACCAAUGUUUGUAUAUUUGGUAAUGUCCUUUGUUACUGCCGUGCUCAUCUCUUUCUGGUACGGGUGGGAGUUGACUCUCGUCAUCCUGGCUUGUGCUCCGAUUAUCAUCAUUACUACUGCAAUCGUCGCUAAGGUACAAUCGUCGUUGACAUCUCAAGAAUUGAAAGCAUACAGUGUAGCGGGCGUGGUCGCUGAAGAAGUGCUGGGGUCCAUACGAACAGUUGCCGCUUUCGGCGGAGAGGAAAAGGAAAUAGCCAGGUACACGCUCCGACUUGCACCAGCCAAUAAGACAGGCACAAGGAAAGGAAUGUACUCGGGCGCAGGCAGCGGCGUCAUGUGGUUGUUAAUCUACGCGACCUACGCGCUUGGGUUUUGGUAUGGUGUCGGGCUUAUUCUGGACAGCAGGCACGAGGAGAACCCCAUUUACACUCCUGCCGUUUUGUUGAUUAUAUUUUUCAGCGUGCUACAAGGCGCCCAGAACGUGGGCCUAACCGCACCCCACUUAGAAGCCAUAUCAUGUGCGAGGGCAUCUGCAGGAGUUAUAUAUGGAGUCCUCGACAGGAAACCUGAGAUCGAUAGCUUGGGCACUGAAGGCAGCAGGCCUGAGAUCAGCGGAGAUAUUGAAUUACAUGACGUAUAUUUUCGCUACCCGGCAAGACCAGACGUUCAGGUCCUAAAUGGAUUAAAUCUCAAAAUAAACAAAAACGAAACACUAGCUCUUGUCGGUUCGAGUGGUUGCGGUAAAUCCACAGUACUACAGUUGAUACAAAGGAUGUAUGACCCAGAAAGAGGCAAUGUGUACUACUCCGGGAAUGAUGUCAAGAAUAUGAAUGUUCGACAUUUAAGGAAUCAUAUCGCAGUCGUGGGUCAGGAGCCGGUUUUGUUUGCUGGGAGUAUAAGGGAAAAUAUUCGUAUAAGUAAUCCCAGUUGUACAGACGCAGAAAUCAUUGUCGCAGCUAAGCAAGCUUACUGUCAUAAUUUCAUCAGAAAACUACCUGACGAAUACGACACAAUGAUCGGUGAACGAGGUGCCCAACUAUCAGGAGGACAGAAACAAAGGAUAGCAAUCGCUAGGGCGCUAGUCCGCAAACCUAAAAUUUUGAUUCUGGAUGAGGCGACUUCAGCGUUGGACUCUCACAGUGAAGCCAAGGUCCAAAGGGCGCUAGACUCCGCGGCGCAUGGCCGGACCACCGUCAUGGUUAGCCACAGGUUAGCGACAGUCCUCAAUGCAAAUCGCAUAGUGCUUUUGGAUAAAGGAGUGGUGGUAGAACAAGGUACUCACGAAGAGUUGCUUUCAUUGCGUGGGAGGUACUAUCAACUCGUGCUAGAGAACGAACCUGGAAUCGCGCCCACCCACCCGCAGCCCGACGGCAUUGCGCUUGUGAAAAAAACUGACGACGCUCCUCCUACAGAUCUUAGGAUACAUCGACCCAAGCUUGAAAAACUAGCAUCGAUAGAGUCUGUGAAAAGUGAUAGUGUCUCGAGUGGCUCCUCGUCAAGUGAAGAGGAUGAAAAGGAGAGUAAAGAUAAAGGAGAGAAUGAUCCUACCAUGUGGGAAAUAAUGAAACUUUGUAAACCUGAAAAGAUGCUAAUGAUCGGCGGUGCCUUGGCUGCUGUUGCCGUAGGUGCUUCGUUCCCUAUGUUUGCCGUUCUUUUUGGUGAGACAUAUGCCCUUUUGGAGAAUCCUGACGACAACUGGGUCCGGGGAGAGACGAACUUGAUUGCCGUGUUAUUCUUACUCGUGGGGGUGCUUACCGGCGUCGGCAUAUUCUUCCAAAUAUUUAUUUUCAACUUGACAGGUGUCAGGCUUACUGCGCGACUUAGGGUAGCAGCGUUUGCCGCGAUGUUGAAACAAGAGAUCGGUUGGUUCGACAAUCCAGCAAACGGAGUGGGAGCAUUGUGCGGCAGAUUGGCUGCGGAUGCCGCUGCUGUCCAAGGGGCAACCGGUACCCGAAUCGGUGCGCUAAUGCAAGCAUUCGCUACAAUCGCAAUUGGUUUCACGUUGUCUUUAUGGUUCACGUGGAAGAUGACGCUUGUGACCCUAAUUAGUGUGCCUUUGGUCAUCGGAGCCGUGAUUCUGGAGAGCCGUGUACUCGCAAAAGGGUUGGAAGCUGUGAGGAAAGCGUCCCACAAGGCUACUACAAUUGGUACCGAAGCUAUUUCCAAUAUACGCACCGUUUCCGCCUUUUGCGGCGAAGAAGGUAUCCUACAGCGGUACUGCAAAGCGGGGAUGGAGGCCCGAGGAACAGCGCGUAAGAACUUGCGUUGGCGCGGGUGCGUGUUCGCUUUCGGACAGACCGCGCCGGUCGCCGGCUACGCACUUGCGCUCUGGUAUGGAGGCGUGCUCGUCGCGAAUGGUGAAUUACAUUACAAAAACGUAAUCAAAGUGUCGGAGGCGCUGAUUUUCGGCGCAUGGAUGAUGGGGCAGGCGAUGGCGUUUGCGCCGAACUUCAGCGCGGCCGUGUCGGCGGCAGGUCGCGUGCUAGCACUGCUGGAGCGCAAACCGCUCGUCGCCAGCACCACCACCCCCACCGUGCACGAGGACUAUGUUACAAAGGGCAAGAUCGACUACAAGAACAUUCACUUUUCCUACCCUACGAGACGCGAAGUGACGGUACUGCGUGGCCUCACGUUACCUGUACCACAGGGCAAGCGGAUCGCGCUCGUGGGGCCCAGCGGCUGCGGCAAAUCAACGCUUAUACAGUUGCUGCAGCGGUUAUAUGACCCUGAUUCUGGUAAUGUGUACAUGGACGGCUACAGUAUAACAGGCGACAUGCGGUUGACAACCUUGAGAAAGAACUUAGGCAUUGUGUCGCAAGAGCCUUCGUUAUUCGACCGCAGUAUCAAGGAGAAUAUUGCUUAUGGGGACAACACUAGAUCAGUUCCCAUAGAAGAAAUCGUUACUGCUGCUAAGGCCGCCAACGUGCACUCCUUCAUUGCAGCGUUGCCUGAAGGCUACGACACUCGACUGGGCGCUCGCGCGUCGCAAGUUUCCGGUGGUCAGAAACAGAGAAUCGCCAUCGCACGCGCAUUGAUCCGAAAUCCUCGUAUUUUAUUGUUAGACGAAGCUACGUCGGCCCUUGAUACACAUAGCGAGAAAGUGGUACAAGAAGCUCUGGACCGCGCUAGUGAAGGGCGAACAUGUCUAAUAAUCGCUCAUCGUCUAGCGACCAUUAAAAAUGCCGAUCUUAUAUGCGUACUUAACGGAGGAGUAGUAGCCGAGAGUGGUACCCACGAGGAGCUAAUAAAACGUCAAGGAAUUUACGCUAACCUGUACGAAUUACAAUGCGGUAUAGUCGAAGAAGAUACUGAAGAUGAAGGCACCGUUCAAACGGGUGGCCACAAUUAGACAAAUUCAGGUUCGAUUGUCUAUUUAAUAGGAAUCGUUUAUACUAUAGAUUUACCAACAAAUGAAUGUCGGGCCUGCGCCUAAAAAGUCCGAACCUAUAAGGCGUUAAAAUCACAUAGCGUCAAUCGCGCGUCAUUCUUCGUUUGUUCGACUGACAGCGCACUUGUCAUUCAUGCAGUACUAUAUAAUAAAAACUUGUAAAAAUUACUCAAGUAAAGUA